AUGCCUGCUCUUACUCGUAACAAGAGCAAGGGGCCCAAAUCCCAAACCCCUCCAUCGAAGAAGGUGACGAAAGCUCAGGCGCCUGCUCUAUCGAAGAACCAGGCGAAAACGCAAAAGCCUCCAUUGAAAAUGGCGGAGAAGCCACAAAAUCUGACAUUGAAGAAGGGAGUGAAGUCCCAGAAGAAACCUCCGUUGAAGAAACAGAAGAAGGAUGUUGUGGAGGAAGCUCCUCUCGAAAGCGAUGAAGAGCUUUCCGAUGGUUCUGAUGAUUUAGAAUCAGGAGAAGAGCUUGAUGAAUCUGAUGACGGAGAGGAAGGGGCUAACGGGUUAGGUUCUUCUGGGUUUUUCUCCGAUGAUGAUGGAGAAGAAAACGAUGACGAUGACGAUGAAGAGCCCUUGGAUGAUAACUUUCUGGAAGGUAGCGGCGAUGAAGAAGAGCCUUCGGAUUUGGAUGCGGCUUCGAACUCGGAUUCCGACUCCGAUUCCGACUCAGGCGAUAUUCUCAAGCAAUCCGACGCUAUUGAUAGAGAAGAUGCAAAGCGGCAGGCAGAAGCUGAUGCUGAAAUGGAGGAUUUCAACAAGGAAGCUGGACCUGAUGAAGAUUCUGAAUUUGCGUUUCAGCUUCCCACUGAAGAGGAACUUGAAGAAGAAGCACGUGGGCCACCAGAUCUUCCUCUGCUGCAGAGUAGGAUUAAAGAGAUUGUUAGAGCUCUGUCGAAUUUUAACGUUUUGAGGCCGAAGGGAGCAAGCAGGAAACAGUGCGUUGAACAGCUCAAAGCUGAUCUUUCUUCUUACUAUGGCUAUAACAGUUUUCUUAUUGGAGCCUUGUUUGAGCUGUUUCCUCCUGUUGAACUUAUGGAACUAAUUGAAGCUUUUGAAAAGCAAAGGCCUACAUCUAUCCGGACAAACACACUUAAGACUCGAAGACGUGAUCUUGCUGAUGUACUUCUGAACAGAGGUGUCAAUCUUGACCCAUUGAGCAAGUGGUCAAAAGUCGGACUUGUUGUUUAUGAUUCACAAGUGCCAAUUGGUGCGACUCCUGAAUACUUGGCUGGUUACUACAUGCUUCAAGGUGCUAGUUCGUUUUUGCCAGUGAUGGCCCUUGCCCCUCGUGAGAAUGAACGGAUUGUGGAUGUAGCUGCUGCUCCUGGUGGUAAAACAACUUACAUUGCUGCUCUAAUGAAAAAUACUGGCUUAAUAUAUGCGAAUGAGAUGAAAGGAUCUAGGCUCAAGUCGCUAACUGCCAAUCUGCAUCGCAUGGGAGUCACAAAUACCAUAGUUAGUAACUAUGAUGGAAGAGAGCUACCCAAAGUGUUAGGUCCGCACUGCAUUGAUAGAGUAUUGUUGGAUGCACCUUGCAGUGGGACUGGGGUCAUAUCAAAAGAUGAAUCAGUUAAAACUUCCAAAUCUCUUGAUGACAUCAAGAGAUUUGCUCACUUGCAAAAGCAACUCUUACUUGCUGCUAUUGAUAUGGUCGAUGCCACUUCCAAAACCGGUGGAAUUAUAGUUUACUCAACAUGUUCACUUAUGGUUGCUGAGAACGAAGCUGUCAUUGACUAUGCUCUGAAAAAGAGAAAUGUUCAACUCGUUUCAACUGGACUCGAUUUUGGCCGAGACGGAUUAAAAAGAUUUAGAGAACACCGGUUUCAUCCAUCUUUAAACUUGACCAAACGCUUUUAUCCUCAUGUACACAACAUGGAUGGAUUCUUUGUGGCAAAGCUGAAGAAAAUGAGCAACAUGAAACAUUCUACAGAAGAUGAUGAUGAGGCGGUUGGAACUGUAGAAGAACCUGAUGUGUCUAGUGAUGAUGAUGAAGCUGGGGACACUGAAGAGAAGGAGGAAAGACUUGCAAAAGCAAAGGAGAUUAAAGAAAACAAGAAGAAGGAAAAGCUUGCAAAAUUAAAGGAGAGCAAGAAAGAUAAGAAAUCAAAGUCUAAAAAUGGAAAUGUUGAAGAGCCACCUAAAGCAAGGAAGCCGAAGAAGAAGAGAUCUGAAUGGAAGAGUGAAAUUUCUCAAGCGAGGGAAGAGAAGAGAAUAGCCAUGAGGGAGAUGAGGGAGAAGUCGAAGGAUAAGCAAUGA